AUGCCUACAUAUUUACGAUUCAUGCAAACGAUGAAGACUAUUCAAGUUCUUGUUCAUUUAUUUGUGCUAGUGAAGUUAAAUAAAAUUUUCGAUGAAACAAUCAAAGAACUUAUUUGCGCGAAUGAAACGAAAAUAUCAUCUCAAGCAAUUCUUCAUUAUUUUGAGAAACAACGUUCGAUUUUUGUUAUUGAUUUGUCAAAAGAUUCAUUUUUUAAUACAAAUAUUUGUAAUCAAUUUGAUUCAAUUUCGAUUUACGUCUUUAAUAAAUGGAAUAAAGUGAACAUUGAAGAUAAAGUUGUCGACAGUGGAUUAUCAGCUCAUUCUCGGAGCCGAGGAUUUUUCCUAACUUGCACUUACCGUGAGGCUCUUCAACUUUUUAAACAAAUCUCAGAUUACAACCCACGAGUGAAAACUUUGAUAUCUUUAAGGUCAUCAAACUUCAGUGAAGCAAGGAAACUUCUUCAAAUCGGAUAUGAGAAGUUUAAAAUGCUUGACGUAGCAAUUUUGAUGAAAAUCGAUCAAUUCAGUGAAGUUAAAUUUUCAAUUUGCUUAUAUAAUCCAUUUCAAGGUGACAAAAUUAUGAGGUCACCAGAAUUUCGAUGUUUCAACAUCUCAAUUGAAAGCAAACCUUUCGUGGCGAUCGACACUUUCAUCGAGACAAGAGUAAGAAAUCUUCAUCAAUUCCCAUUACGUGUUAAUAUAUUUGAAGAACCUCUUCUCAGUAAUGCUGUGAAAAAUAAACAAGGGAAAAUAAUUGAGUAUCGAUUUCUAGUUGGGGAAACAAUAAAAAUCUUGAAGUUUGUAAUGAAUUUUACUCCGAUUUAUAUAACUUCGGUUGAUGGAUCUCGUCAAGGAUUUAAUCUACCAAACGGAAGUUUCACAGGAAGUCUAGGAUUAAUCGAAGACAAUUCUGUAGAGUUAGCAGUCAAUCCAAUAUUCAUUGCUGAUUAUGGUACAAAGAAAAUGAUUUUUCUUCAACCAAUUGCAAUCAAAAGUCUUUACUUUAUAAUCAAGAAACGGAAAACUUACAAACUUCAUAUGACAUCAAUUUUCUUUCAAUACGACAACUGGGCCUACGCUACAGCUACUGCACUUAUGUUCUUAUUGCCUUUGAUUUAUGUAGUAGUAAACAAAAUGGAAUCGAAGAUGAUGGCUUCACAAAGCGAGAAAACAAUUCCAAGGAAUAUUUUCUAUGUUUACGCAUUGAUAUUUAACGUCUCAAUGCAACAUUCCACUCAUAUUUCGUCGCGAAUGGUGGUCGCUGUUGUUCUCUUUUAUAACUUGAUGAUUUCUUCACUGUUUGAAGGAACAAUUACAAAAAAUCUGAGUCGGAGUCAACAGAAUAAUGAAAUUAAAACGUUUGAUCAACUCAUAAAUGAAAAUUACAACAUGACCAUGAGGAAAUCUUUGGCAAUGAUUUUCAUAAAACAAGGUGGAAGUAAAUACAGUGAUAAGCUAAGAGAAGUGGCAUAUAAUCGCAAAGAACUCGUCGAAACUUAUGGAGAAGGUCUAAGAAAAGUUUUGAAUGUACCAAGAGUCGCUUAUUUGACAACAAGAGCAACAUCGAUUAUAACCGACAGAUAUUAUGACAGCAAAACAGGAGUAAAUAAAUUUGAAUCAGUUACGGAACCAAUUUAUGAAGAUUAUGCAUCGCAAUUAGCACCAAAACAUUCGCCAUUCAUUGAAUGCUUCAACUUUUGGAUAAAUGUAAUUAGAGAAAUUGGAAUAACCAAAUAUCAAUUUUCCCGAGCCGAUGACAGUAACAAAAUUUUAAUGAUUCAAAGAGUUAAAGCAGGAAAAGUUUCACGUGAUGACGAUAAAGUAAUUCAAUUAAAUGAUCUGGCAUCAACCUUUUACUUAUUAUCAUCUUCAUGUGUUCCCUUUUAUAAUCUGUUGAUGUCUUCAAUAUUUGAGGAAACAUCAAAGUUCAAUUCCACGACUUAUUUGCAACUUUCUACUUUACAUGUUCUUGAAAGACGAGAUGUAUUCAUUGUAUCGUGUUCAUAUGAGUUAAUAAAUACUCCUUUAAUGUCUUGA